AUGGAUUUCAGUGAUUAUGGCGUGGUUAUCUUGGACACUAAAUCGAGGGAGAAAGGAGAAAGCGGGUCCUUCGAAAUGAGAACUUUCAUCAAAUUUUCCAAGUCUCUUUGGCCCAAAGCCCAGCACGAUGCGAAUGCGCAGAGAGGUGGUCGAAGAAUCGCAGAUACAUUCAAAGCGUUCUUUACUGUGGGAGGACCUAAAGCGCUUGCGCCGCCGUUGGAAGCCACUGACCGUGUUGGGGAAGCCAUCGCUUGGGAUAUGUACAGUGGCGAUGUAGGGCUCAAAUGCGGAUCUCUCUUGAAUUGGCCAAAUUGCGAGCGCGAGGCUCCUCAGGGACAGAGCACUCUGGACAGAUUUUUAACUGAUGCACCACCUGACUCCAUCACGCUUUCUAUACCAAGCGAGAAAGAACUACUGGAUAGCCAAAUAGUCAUCGUCCUUUUGAAAUUUGAUCACAAGAAAAGAAAAGAGGAGGCAGAGUAUUUUUCACGGGAGUUCAGUUAUGUGCAAUUCGACGCUAAAAGGAAUAAGUACUUUGCUCCCGAGAAACUCCAGAUAACAAGAGAGAAACAGGAAUGGCUUUCCGCAAGGGCAAAGGAUAUUGUGGUCUUCACUACAUCGAUGUCUGAAAGUAUAGCACUCCCACUGAUUCGCUUAAAACACCUCUUCUCUCAUUAUGAGUCUCCCACAAUUCAAGUCUUAUGUGCGGAUUUUACAUGGCUUAAAAAAGGUGAAUCCAUUUCUCUUUGCCCUGACGGUCACUUUGCUGUGACGAAACAGACGCCAGGUACCGAUAAUAUUUGCGAUAAUAACGAUGAACGUAUGCUGACCGCAUCUUUCGAAGACAUUUGCCGUCACGAAGAGCCAAUGUCGCAAAAUCAAGUGUCUAAUGAAGAUAUGCCAAUGGAUAUAGACGAAAUGUAUGAACCACAUUUUGAAGCGGUCAUGGAUAGCGAUGUCGACUUAGUGUCAACUUCAGAUCAGGCAGCUGGACAUCCUUCACUUCAGGCUUUUUGCAGAACUUUUACUCGUAAGCAAGAUAAACAACAAAUUACUUUGGAAAGAAUCUUGAAAGCGGAAGAACGUUUGCAAGAAGGUGUAUGUAGUCUAGAUACAAGAAUGAAGCAAGUACAGAAUGAAAUGAUCGUGCAAGAAGAACUGCGAAAAGCAGCUCUAAAGUACUCCACUCUACAACUAGAAAGAAAGUUUGGACUGGAUGCAGACCAUGAACUUGAAAAGAAACUCGAGCAGCUGAAAAACAUAGGAAUCGAAUUUACAGAGAAACAAAAAAGCUGGCUUCUGAAUUUACCUUGGUUGCAACUAGUCCUAGACACAUCGGAUUUGACAAAUUCAUUUUUACGGUGCAAACUCUGCAGCAGAGAAGCUAAGCUGAGAGACGACGCAUUAUGGUUUUGCCACUGUUCGACUGUUACGCCCUGUCCCGAUGAGAAAUGUGUGAAUCUGAUGGGAGCAGGAAGUGUUUUGUGUAUCAAAAGAGUCUCAAAUUAUCAUCGCGGCUGGGGUGCCGGUAUCCUUCGCGCUGUCGGACGUCAUCCGAAUUCCAAAGAGCACGAAGACGGAUUGAAGUCUUAUCACAUGGCGCUCGGAGCUCAGGAGCAGCAAAAUCAGGAUCUUGCGGUAAAAGCCACCGUAACGGCGACAGUGGGAGCCUACACUAUAGCUAAGCAGGGUCUUCCCUUGACUUCGCAGUUUCCUCUGAUGAUGUUUGCAUUGAGAGCGGGAGCCGUUGUUGGCAGUGCUCACUACGAAGCAACAACUGCGAAACGAAUGAUAAAAACUUUUGCAGUGCACAUUGAAUACGAACUGUUCAGCUACGUGAUAGCAAAUGAUCUCCCAUUUUCUAUACUAAUGGAUGGAUCAUCAUCCUCAAGAGGGACGAAGUGGAUGGCGUAUAUGAUCCGCACUAUAACUCCCUCAUUCGAACCGUACACUUUCCACCUUCUUCUCGCCGAAAUAUCACGCGAAACAGGUCAGAUCAUAACAGACGUGCUACUCUCACAUCUAAACGAGCUGGACUCUUGGGUUACCUCUCCCGGUCUCAGGAUCUCACCACAUGAGCAUGCUAUGAAACGACUAAUUGCUAUUACAACAGAUGGAGCGGCUACAAUGACCGGUCGUGAUGAAGGUGUUUUUGGUAGGCUCCAGAGACAUAUCCAAUCGAAAAGCUCAUCUCCAGUGAGAACAGAAUUGCUCUUAUCUGUGUGUGCUGCCCAUCAACUGAAUAUUGCAAUGAAAAAUGCAAACCACAUUGCUUAUAAGCUUGCCAGAGCUCUUAUAAUGGAGAUGCACACGAUUUUCGGGACCCCACAAUCGUCCUCCGCAAGACGACAUUACAAAGACAUAGCACGUUUGAUGUCGUUUCCAAAUUUACAAAUGGGCCAAUUUUUCGCAAUUAGAUGGUCGGACAGCUUCAGUAAAGGGCUGAGUAACAUUAUUCGCAUGUGGCCGGUAUUAAUCGAAAGCUUGGAUAAGGUGGACAGUGACAGUAGCAUUUCUGAAAAUCUACGCAUCAGAGCAAAAUGCGCUUCCUGGGUGAUGCGGGAUGGACGCGUAUUCCUUAUGAUGAGACAUGUCUUGAAUGCUCUUCGUAAAGUCUCCUCUCUAUCGCUGCUUUUCCAAAAUACAGACAGUAUGGCCAUAGAUGCAAUAGAAGCUACUCGUGCUACUACACAGUCGCUUAUAGACGGGUCACUGAAAAAUGACCUACAUCAAGAACUGAUGGCAUACAAAUCUGUAAUAAAUGUUUAUGAUGGAAAACACCUAAAGCGAGUGGAUGAGCAAUUUCUGAUGAACUAUUAUGAAAUAUUAGAAAAUAGUCAAGCAAGAAAAUGGCGUCUUGUCUACCUUCCAGAAAGUUUCAAAGACUUCAAAAAGAAAGUUGAGGUCGACUUUACAAACGAAGAGAUAGAGGAGAGAUCUAGACUGCUAUCGUACAAAAUCUUCACUACGUCAGAAGGAUCAUCAAGCGAGAGUGGCCUUGAAGACAUAAUAGAUCUGGAUUCCAGUAGCCUCCAUUUCUAUCAGGACAGCUCCCCUGAUGUUAAUUUCGACGUGCCUUUAAAUUUUGGACUUGGAUCUACCUUUCGCGACUUCUUGUUGCACCUAGGUGAAAAGACUGUACAAAAGGAGGCUGAAGAUUUGUAUACCAACACCUAUACAUCUAUUAUCCGCAAAUUUGGGGAGCAAUUGAUACCGGGUAACCUCUUUGUUGCGGUAGAUCGCCACAUAAUCCUUGACAUCAUAGAUUUCGAUGGCGAUUUUAGAACGGAAUGGGAUAAUUACAUACCCCCAAAUGCUACUUUUUCCAACAGAGGGUAUCCAUUGUACAUUGGAUUACGUAAUGAGUACCAUACGUCUGUACGACGAGAUUUGAUGAAUGAAUCAAUAAGACUCUUGGAAAAAUAUUGUGUCGUUUCCGCAUUGAAAGAAGCUUUGUACUCUUUUUAUUCCACUUUGCACGAGAAAGUGGAAAGUUUAGAACAGUGGCCGGAGGAUUUAAGAAAUGAUAAGAGUUCUAAGAGGAUCUACAAAAAGCUGCUGGAAUUCCAAGAAAAGCUUAACAUGCCUGAGGAAGUUGAAAUGGUGCUCAAAUGCAUUCUCGUCAUUCCAUCCAGCAAUGCGGAUUCAGAACGAACAUUUUCCACAGCAAAUCGUCUUACAGCUGGCGAAAGGAGCAGUCUUUCCACAAAAACAAUCAAUACCAUGAUGCACAUUCAAAGAAAUGGUCCAAAUCUCUUGACACUAGAACCAUCUCAACUAGCCUAUCAGUGGGUACACCCCCUGCCUGGCCUGGGUUUGAGGUCGGGUGUACACUCCACCAGAGGAUCUUCCACGAACACAAUGGCUUCUAUUAAGAAAGCCUUCUAUGCAAAGAAUCUGGGUGAUGCUAAUUCGCUACGCAAUUUGAUUGGACCGGCAAUUGAAGUUGACACACUUCUGAACGUGUUUGGUGAUCAGGCGAUCAGGGCAACUCUUCAUAGCAAAAGCGAUAUAGAAGACUUUCGGAAAGACUUGAUAGCUGUGGAAAAAGACAAGGCGGCAAUUUUCAGCAUUGGGAUAGUUAAUGAUGAAAACCAAUAA